GAGUAGAAGAAAAUAGCUUUGACAUCCAUGCUGGAGGCUGGAGGACACUGCAAAUAUUUAAGCACAAAACAACCUGGAUAAAAGAUGAUUUCCAUUUUAAAAGCUUUAUCUGCGAGAACAAUCCGAGCAGGCUGUGUCCGGAAACACUCGUCCCUGACAACUGAACUUAUCGAAAACAUGGACAAGAAAUCAACGUGGGACCGCUUCUACACUGAAAACAGCAGCAGGACUCCUACUUUUAAGAACUUUGAGUGGUUCUUUGGCUUUGACUCUGUUCGCCACAUCAUUCUGCCAUUAUUAUCCCAACCUACACCCAGCCCCGAUCACGUUUUUCAAAUACUGGACAUUGGCUGUGGCACGUCUGGACUGGGCCCUGGCAUUUACAAACACUCCUCUACACCCGUCCAAGUCACGUGUGCAGACAUCUCACCUAUUGCUGUAAAAUUAAUGCAAGAAAACUUCAGAAGAAACCCGAUUCAAGCGAACAAUGCCUCUUCUCGGCUUAGAUUUAUCGAAAUGGAUUGUACGCAACUACUCAGCCACUAUAGUCCCAAAAGUAUUGAUAUGAUAGUGGACAAAGGUACGAUAGAUGCUUUGUUGAGGUCUAAAGAAGGGAAGGGUAAAGCUACACUAAUGCUAAAUCAAUGCAUUGAAGUUUUAGGAAAUUCGGGGGCGCUAUUGCAGUUUUCCGAUGAAGAUCCCGAUGCCAGAUUGUUGUGGUUGGAGACGGAAAUGCAGAAACAAGGGGUUAUGGCUGAUGUAGUCACACAAGAAGUGGGGGAGUUAAGAGGAGUUGUGUACUUUUGUUAUCAAGUGUUGCCAACUGGGCAUUCGUGACAAAUAAAUAAGUAAAUGAUGUAUAAGCAUACUGAGUUUCAUUUAUACACUGCAAAAAGCUCAAGAUAUAAACACUAAAAUCUACCAGAAAAUGACUUAAAAGUAACGUAUUUUCCGCACUAUAGGGCACACAUAAAAGCCUUUAAUUUCAUCAAAAACAACUGUGCGCCUUAUAAUCCAGAGCGCCUAUGAAUGAAUUUAUUGGGGUGUCUUAAUACGACUUUAGUAAACUACAAAGCCGCUCCACUUGCAACAUUACGGCUUCCGUAGUCAGGAGCAUCACGGAGUAAUAUAUACUGUGAUUCCUUUUAAUAUCAAAAUGCACCUGUCAAGAGACACGCUUACAACGCCCACUUUAAACUCAAGGCUGUUAUAAAGUGAAAGUGUGAGCUGCGUGGGAGCAGUGAUUGAGAGAAGGAGAACACAUUCACCAAGACAGAGAGACAGCGCCGAGCGACUUACAAUCGACUUACAAUCUGCUAACGGAUCGUGGAUGCCUGGGCUAAGGAUCAGUAUCAACUGUGGUCCGAGCUUUCACCAAGACCGAAAUCAUCACUGAACUGCCUGGGAACAGUAACCACACUGACUCGGAUAAUGACAGAGGGAUGUGGGCGUGCUGGACACCGUAAUCGCCCAGCUAUUUGAACAAUUAUGAGUUAUUGUGAAUACACUAACAAUUUUGCGUCUCAGACAGUAUUUAUUUUCAAAGUUGAGAGUUAUUGUGAAAGUGUUAAAUAAAGUUUGACUGACUGUUGUGUUUCGUUUAAUGCGCCUUAUAGUCCGGUGCAGUUUAUAUGUGAAAAAAGUUUGAAAAUAGACCAGUGACAGUGACA